AUGUUGGCUGAACCACUUGACGAAUGGAUAGGGACUAUUCGAACGUGUAAGUAUCUCCCAGAAUAUGAGCUCAGCAAACUCUGUGAUUACGUCAGCGAUUUGUUGAUUGAGGAAUGUAACGUACAGCCUGUCUCGACGCCUGUCACCGUCUGUGGUGACAUUCAUGGUCAGUUCUAUGAUUUGCUGAAACUUUUCCAAGUGGGAGGGGAACUCCCCUCUACCAAUUACAUUUUCAUGGGGGAUUUUGUGGAUCGUGGGUAUUACAGUCUCGAAACAUUUACUCUUCUUAUGGCCCUUAAGGCUAGGUAUCCUGACAAAAUCACGCUCCUUCGUGGAAAUCAUGAGAGCCGUCAAAUAACACAGGUUUAUGGAUUUUACGAUGAGUGCAUAACCAAAUAUGGUAACGCCACUCCCUGGAAAAAUUGUUGUAAAGUCUUCGACCUCCUCACGAUAGCAGCUCUCAUCGACGAAACUAUCCUUUGUGUUCAUGGGGGUCUUUCUCCAGAAACCAAGACGAUUGACCAGAUCAGGAUAAUUGAUAGAAACGUGGAGAUACCACAUAGUGGUCCUUUGAGCGACCUACUUUGGUCGGAUCCUGACAACGUCUCCACAUGGACGGUUAGUCCACGUGGUGCUGGAUUUUUGUUCGGCGAAGAAAUAACAGAAAAAUUUGUGGCCUUAAAUGGUUUAGACUUCAUAUGUCGGGCACAUCAACUGGUUCUGGAGGGUCACAAAUCGAUGUUUGAUGGAAAGCUGAUAACAGUGUGGUCAGCGCCGAACUAUUGUUACCGAUGCGGCAAUAUCGCUUCUGUACUUGACAUACAAACGCCUACGGAGUACACCUUCAAAGAGUUCGCUGCUGUUCCAGACACAGAACGCGUUGUUCCGCCUGCACGAGUUACGCCUUACUUUCUCUAA